CAUGUUACGAGUUGAUCACGAUGGUGACCGACAUGGAGGAUUCUCUUCCUCAUCAUCAGUUGUCUCCCCUGGUCCCACUACGGCCCACUCCGCUCCAGUCACACCCACACACAACCCUGAAGGAAGCGUGGAUGUUGGAUAUCGGGCCGGGUCCCAGCGGGGAUUUUUCCAGGGUCUCUUAGGAUGUCUGCGACCAGUGUGGACAAUACUUGGCAAGGCAGCAGCUGCAGAACUGAAACAGCAAGGGCGAGACGACUGGGAGAUCCCAUUUGAGAGCAUCACCGACUUGCAGUGGUUAGGCAGCGGAGCUCAAGGAGCCGUUUUCUUGGGAAAGUUGUGCAACGAAGAGGUCGCAGUAAAGAAGGUUAGGGAUGUCAAGGAGACAGACAUUCGCAACCUGAGGAAACUGAACCAUCCAAACAUCAUCUCUUUCAAAGGUGUUUGUACACAAGCUCCCUGCUACUGUAUCAUCAUGGAAUACUGUCCGUACGGCCAACUCUAUGAAGUUUUGAGGGAUGGUAAAGAAAUUCCACCAGCGCUUGUUCUUGAUUGGGCAAAGCAGAUUGCCAGCGGCAUGAACUACCUUCAUUCACACAAGAUAAUACAUCGAGAUUUAAAGUCUCCAAAUGUCCUGGUGGCCUCCAAUGAUAUUGUGAAGAUCUCAGACUUCGGGACCAGCCGCGAGUGGAACGAAAAGAGCACCAAAAUGUCAUUUGCUGGUACAGUUGCCUGGAUGGCUCCAGAAGUUAUUCGAAAUGAAAUGUGCAGCGAGAAAGUGGAUAUAUGGUCAUAUGGAGUUGUUUUGUGGGAGUUGUUGACAGCGGAGGUGCCCUACAAGGAUGUUGAUUCCUCUGCUAUCAUCUGGGGUGUGGGCAGCAACAGCCUUCAUCUACCUGUUCCAGGGACAUGUCCAGAGGGAUUUAAACUGCUCAUGCGGCAGUGCUGGAGUGCCAAACCUCGCAACAGGCCAUCUUUCCGGCAGAUACUGAUGCAUUUGGAGAUUGCGUCAACAGAUCUGCUGAGCUACAGCCGUGAGGAGUUUGUGAGUUCCCAGGUCAUAUGGCGAGAUGAAAUCAGAGAAAACUUCCAGAAGAUGAAAGCGGAGGGGUCUAAUUUACCUCAGCUAGAAGAAGAGCUAAUCAAACGGAGGAAAGAGGAACUUAGGCAUGCCCAAGAUGUCCGGGAGCAUUAUGAGAGAAAGUUGGAGCGUGCCAACAAUCUCUACAUGGAACUAACAGCCUGCAUGCUGCAGCUGGAAAAGAGGGAACGGGAACUCAUUAAACGAGAGCAGCAACUGACUCUUUACAAUAAACGCAGGAAGAGUAUAGUUCGACCAAUCAUCAAGGCUCAGGAGAACCUUGACAGGCUGGGUAAAAAACGCACACAUCGUUCUGGUUCAGAGGUCACCACGCCAGACUCCAUGAAGAACACUGAAGGCAGCAUGACAACGAGUUCAGAACUGGUACUUCCAUCACCAACCAAGAUGAGAGCAAGGAAGUCUCGUCACCGGCGCAACAACAGCCGAGGAUCCAUGAAGGAUGUUGUCUCCCCGGUGAGAUCUGCUUCGUGUGAAAUUUUUCACGAUGAUCAAAGUUUGGAGCAUCCGAGGCCAGCUGGCUUACAUCAUAUUGAACAUGGCUCACAUUCACCCUACCCUGGCACAUUUAAAUAUCUAGGUCCUGGCACAGCCAUCAGAGAGCAGCGCAGUGAAGAUGAAAUUGAGGGAAUGGAAGAUAAACUAUACCGUAGACAGCAAGUUGUGGCCAAACGGAAUGAUUCUUGUAAUGAGAAUUGUUCUUUGGCUGCUGCUUCUCCUGCUGCAUCUGGGCGAUUAACGAAUUUGAGAUGUUCUGGUAGUUUUAAGACUGCUAAUGUCAAUGAUGUCUGUUUUGGGUGUGACGGAGGCUGCAGCGACGCGACUUGCAGCAGCAAGAGGUCAUCCCAGAUCAGUGCAGACGUGGAAAGCACAUGUGAUCUAUCUCCACUGCCUAGUCCCAGACACCCACCAUUAGAGACAAUGAGUGAGAAAUCAUCGCCAGAGGGAGAAUCCUCCCGGCCAGACACUGCUUCUGGGUCAUGUUCUUGUUCACCGAUGGCCUCGCCUGCUGAAGUGCAGUCCAAUACUCGACCUAAUCCCACCAGAGAGAAAGACUCCAAUGAAAAUUUAAACUGCCCCACGAUGACCUCAAACAUAAACGACGCCUCAGAGUUGACUAUCAGUGUACAUUAUCAGCAGAGCACAACGGAUGCUGACUGCUGUACCACAGCCACCAGCGACAACACUUGCAACACUUUUACCUCCGAGACCAUCAUGAACCCUAGUACAAACAGCCAGAUAUUGUUAAUGACCCCUAGAGGUUCAGGGGUCAAACGAGUACAUAGCAGUAAUGAUGUUACCAAAAGACAUAACAGAAGUCCAUCCAGACGACGCAGCUCUGACAUCCAACAGGGUCGAAGUUAUGAAAGAGGAUAUAGCACAGUUGAGAACAGGACAUUUGAACGAACCCCAGCUAGUAGAAAUUCUCCAAGAGCAGUCAAGCGAGAAAGUAAUGAAGGGUCAAUACAAAACUCAGCUGUGAGAUUUAGGAAAACAAAACAUUCCGAGGAUUCCUGGUCUGAAGAAGAAGGUGAUGUCAGUGACGAGGAGGAGGCCAAACAGCGACCUCCUUGCAGACAGUCUUUUUCAACACUGAGUUCUGAGGGUGUGUUUUCGGAGGAGGAUGCCAGUGACCGCUCGGGGAACAGAGAUGGCAGCAGGGACGGGGAUAAUGGGCUGCUCUCGACUGGGAGUGCAGAAAACUUGCAGGCAGAACUGGCCAAGUGUACCUGCAUAAACGAUGGGUUGUCCGACAAAGAGAAGACAGUCCGCAAGAUGACAAAUAAAGUUAACUCUCCAGAACGGACAUUUGAGAAAAGUCAUGCUGAUUCAAGCACAGAUUCUGAUGAAUGCUCGGACAUGACUGUAUCCUCAACAAUUCAUAAAACACGGUCUCUAGAGGGCAGCACACACUGGUAG